AUUUGGUUUUUACCUUUGUUCUGGUGCAUGGAACUGUAUCAUAAUGUAGAUAAAUAAAGGUAAUAGCAAAUUAUAAUUGAACCACAACAUACAUGCAUAAGUGCAAUUUACAAAAGUGAGAGUAGCACAAUAAAAAUGUAAGAUAAAGAAAAUAAUACCUCUAGAUAUCCUUUUUUGAGAAAUAUUUCAGCCAGCGUAUAGAGCACAAUAAGAAGAGCAAUAAUGUAAUAUAUCGAGCCAAUUCUUCGAUCUCUGAUAAUAACAAGCUUGUAGGUUAUGUAGUGCAACAACGACAUGUUGCAAAUCGGUGGAAACUGGUGCAAGAGUAGGCCGGAAGUGCCGGAAGUGCAAGCUCGGCACUUCCGCUACGAGAGCGAGGCUUCGAAAGCCCCUAUUCGUUUUGAACAGCGGUUAUUUAUAGCGGAAAUUUCAAAAUUUCCAAUAUGGCGGCGGAGAAGAAAAAGAGACGAAAGCGAAGAGAUUCAAUUAGCGCUCUGAAACCACCAUUAGAUUUUAUUGAGAGUCCUUUGAAUGGGCAAAAGUACUACUGCACUCCUGUCCAGGCUGCAAGAAGGCCAUUUCUGGCGGCAUCUUUGCCUGUAGAUGAUGAAGUGUCUAUGAAAUGGGUUUCACCACAAUUUCCAAAUCAAGUGGAUGAUGAAGACCUAUUGGCUUUGAUAAGGCCAAACAAAAAGUCGAGAAGAAGGGGGAAAAAGCAAGAAAAUGAUCAAAGUGUUCCUGAGGAAUUAUUAAGCUUAAAUAAACAUCUGUAUGCAGCACUGGAAUUCAAUUGUAAAAGCAACGCUUCGAAAUCUGGAUGCAAGGAAGUCAACACGAACACUGAGAGACCAUGCAGGAGAUCUCAAAGACUUCAACUUAAAGAACUAAAGAAGACUCAUUUCUUGUUUCAAGCACCUCAAGUGGCAACUCCAGUGAACAAGAGAGGAGAAGUUGUUCUUGCAUAUGAAACACCUGAUCAAGAACUUUUUAUGAAAGUUAAACAAAGACAGUCCAGAAUCAAACACGGGGAGAUAACAUAGAUUGAUUUUCUUCUCGAAUCCUUCUUCAAACUCACCAAGUUUCGGCAAAUAAUAAAUUAAUGCACCUAUCAAUGUUAAGCUCCAGCAA